AUGUCUGCAGAUUUGCUCGCCGAGUUCGGUCAAGCUGAGGCCCAGAGGGAGGGUCAGCCGGAGCUCAAUAAUAAUAACAAUGCACCUCGACAUUCACAUCUGCUCUCAAGCAGACACGCCAUUCCACCACAAUGGCAGUUCAACGAUGUACCCCGGGAGCCCAACAGUGACGUCCUGUUUGAUGCCACGGUCGACACACCUGCCAGCGAUGAAGAUGAUGAUGAUGACUGGGGUGAAUUCGAGAAACCUGGGUCAACUCCCCAGCAGGCAACCACUCACAAUGCAGAGUCUCCUGGUCAUGUCUCUGCGAGUGUGGACUUACUGGACUCACUCUCCAUAAAUGACUCGGCAGGUAUGGCGCAGCCUGUGUCGAAUGUUCCUCCAAAGAAUCAAUGGCACUCCAGUCAGAAACCACCCACCUCGACCUCGAAUGAUGCUUCACUUGACGACUGGGGCGAGUUUUCGGCUUCUACUGCUCCGCCGGUUACAAGUACCUCCAAAACACAACACCACCAAAAGCAAGUCACCUCAGAUUGGGAUAUCCCCUCCGUUGAUGACUGGGGCGACUUCUCAGCAUCCUCUGCAGCACGAACCCCUCAGACCAGCCAGAAUCAAUCAUCAACUUGGGAGAAUCCCUCCUUUGACGACUGGGGUGAUUUCCCGACAUCGUCUACACCACAGCCUGUGACAAAAGCCUCUACAAAGAAAUCCCAGCCGCCGCCUAGCCAGAAACAACCGACCUCCGCCUGGGAUGAUUGGGCCGAGUUCACUGACACCCCAUCUUCCAACCCGCCUCCGCCAAAGGCUCCUAGUGAGCAGAAACGACAACCAAGCGUCAAAUCCACCGCUCCCCAGCCAGCAUGGGACGACGAACUCUUCGAUGAAUGGGGUGAUUUCACCGACGGUCCCAACCCAUCAACCAUCCAACCAAAGACCAACCCUCCAUCUCAAUCCUCAACGCCAAACCCAGCACCAAAGAGCUUCAUCUCCAGCCCAGCCGCACCCUCCACAACCGUCCGCCCAACCAACAUCCCCCCACCAUCCAUCCUCCUCGAACUAUUCCUCGACCUUCUCCCCCAACUCCAAAAAGAAGCGACCCAAGCAAAACCCCACCAACAGCGCACCACCUCAUCCCCAUCCCCAAUCUCACCCCAAAUCCAAGAAACAGCACUCACAAUCCACAACACCCUCACAACCGCCGCGCGCGUAAUAGCCGGCCGCACCCACCGCUGGAAGCGGGACACCCACCUCAGCCAAAGCAUGCGCAUCGGCCCCGCCCGCGCAGGCGGCAAAGCAGGCGGCAUGAAGCUGAACGCCGUGAACAAGCGCGAAGCCGUCAAAGAGGAACAAGACUCCGGCGACGUCCUGGCACUAUGGCGCGAGCGCGCUGCGCUGUUCAAUACAAUCCUCCAAGCAGCGGGCCGGCGUCCUGUCCCGUCUAUUCCGGAUCCCGCGGCUCUGAAGGUCAUCACUGCGCGGCCGGAGCAUGGCGCUAUGAAGGCUUCGCAUGCUUGUGCGCUGUGUGCGCUUCGGCGCGAUGAGCGCGUGUCCCGGGUGGAUGAGCCGGCUGUGCUGGAUAGUUUUGGGGAGUGGUGGACGGAGCAUUGGGGGCAUACCGAGUGUAGGUGGUUUUGGGAACGGAACCGGGAGCUUUUGGGCCAAAGAUGA